GCUGCAGACUCCGAGGGAGCGCCUGGCUUGGGAAGAGUUUCGGACUCCUUGCGGACCGACGGACGGACGGGCGCGUGCCGGAUCUGCGCUGCACCCGCACGCGGAGCUGCGGGAACCCGUCUGCGGUCUCUCCGGUCUGGCGGAUAAACUGGCGCGCGCGGGUUAGUUCGCAAAACUUGAAUGGCACCAGCGCGCGAGGCGGAUUCGUCCGAGGGGUCCGCUGCAACUUCACGCCGACGAUCCUGCAGGACUUGAAAAAAGAGAGCCGAGACCGGGACUUGAGGGAGCGCUCGUCCACCCUCCGCUGAAUGUCGGUCACUUCCACUCGAUAAUGGGCUGCAGUAAGGUGCACUGGGGGGUGGUGGUGGGGGCAGCCGUCCUCAUCACGCUGAUCACCAUCCCGGUGGCAGUUUAUCUGAACAGGGCGGAUGCAGGGGGCAAAAGGUCUUACACGCUCGCCGAUUACUUCAACGACACCAUCAGGUGGAGAUCGUACAGCUUGCGAUGGAUAUCAGAUAACGAGUAUCUUCAUAAGACAAGACAAGGCAACGUUAUACUCUACAACGUUGGGACGAACGAGGAGACGCUAAUGUUGAGCAGCGAAAUCUUUGCCCAAGUCAAUGCCACAGACUACAUCCUCUCUGCUGACCAUAAAUAUGUCUGCUUUGAAAGCAAUUAUACGAAGCAAUGGAGACAUUCAUACACAGCCUCCUACUCCAUCUAUGAUAAGGACAGUUCAGCAUUUCUUACAUCUGUGAGCCUUCCAGUAGACGUGCAGUACUUCUCCUGGGGCCCAAAAGGAAACACAUUUGCCUACAUCUGGAAUUUCAACAUUUAUUUGAAAACCAGUGUUACUGCUGUACCCAUACAAGUGACCCACAACGGGAAGAAGAACGAGAUCCUUAAUGGUGUCCCAGACUGGGUAUAUGAAGAGGAGGUGUUCUCGUCGAAUGAGGCAAUAUGGUGGUCGACCAACGGAAGGUUUUUGGCGUAUACAGAGCUGAAUGAUACAGAAGUCCAGAGGGUGGAGUUCUCCUUGUACGGAUCAGGACAAUACCCUGUGACGGUGGCUGUUCCAUACCCGAAGGCUGGGUCAACCAUCCCCAAGGUGAAACUCUUUGUUGUUGAUACAACAAAUCCAUCAAGUCGCACACAGGUGGCUGCCCCAAAGUCCCUCGCUUCCGGUGACCACUAUCUGAGCUCAGUGACCUGGGUUACGGAUGAGCGCGUUGCUGUCCAGUGGCUCAUACGACAACAGAAUUACGUGCUUGUGCAGCUCUAUGACUUCGAUGGGGGCAGCUGGGUUGAAAAGCAGAAAUUUGAGCAAGCGAGCAAGACAGGCUGGGUCGGCCAUUAUUCACCCCUCCCGCUUUUCUUCGCCAAGGAUAACCUCAGCUUCUACAAAGUAAUGAGCGACACAAACGGCUACAAACACAUUCACUACGUGACGGAUGGCAAGGCAACACCUAUCACGUCGGGCAAAUGGGAGGUCAUCUAUAUAUCCAAGCUAACAAAGGAUUCCAUAUAUUACAUCAGUAACGAGUACCAAGGAAGACCCGGACAGAGAAAUCUGUACAAGAUUAUGAUCGGACCGAGCCAUUCUGCCCCCCGGUGUCUCACCUGUGACCUGCUAAAGGACAAGUGUCAGUACAACUCAGCUUACUUCAGCACCGAUGCCUCCUACUUCCGAAUGGACUGCUACGGACCCGGAAUGCCUUUGUUUACCUUGAGGGACAACAGGGGCUCAGGUGCAGAGCUCAGGGUUCUGGAAGACAACGAGGAGCUGCAGAACAUCCUAACGGGAUUCCACAUGCCCACCAUGCAGCGCGGCACCCUGAGGGUCGCAGGUUUUGAUCUUUGGUAUCAGAUGAUGUUACCGCCAAAUUUUACGAAAACCAAAAAAUACCCUCUUCUCAUUGACGUGUACGGUGGCCCCUGCAGUCAGAAGGCAGACUUCCGUUUCAGGCUGAACUGGGGCUCCUACCUCUCCAGUGCCGAGGGCGUCAUCGUUGCCAGUUUUGAUGGGAGGGGAAGCGGCUACCAAGGUGACGAAAUCAUGCACUCACUCUACCAACGCCUGGGCACAUUCGAAGUGGAGGAUCAAAUCACUGCUGUGAGGAAGUUCAUCGACAUGGGUUUUAUAGAUGAGAAGAGGAUUGCUAUUUGGGGCUGGUCGUACGGCGGCUACGUCACCUCCAUGGCCCUGGGUGCGGGGACGGGACUCUUCACGUGUGGCAUCGCAGUUGCUCCUGUAUCCAAGUGGGAAUAUUAUGAUGCCGUGUACACCGAGCGCUACAUGAGCAAGCCAACAGAGAACGCCGACUCCUACAAGAAUUCCACGGUGACGAGCAGAGCGAGGAAUUUCAAAUCGGUGAACUAUCUGCUGGUCCACGGAACAGCCGACGACAAUGUUCACUUCCAGCAGGCCGCGCAAAUCUCCAAAGCUCUGGUUGACGAGGAAGUGGACUUUGAGGCGAUGUGGUACGCUGACAAGGACCACGGUCUCGGAGGGUCGGCCAUCCACCACGUAUACACCCACAUGAGUCACUUCCUGCAGAAAUGUCUCGUCAGCACCGGGCAGGUGUGACGAGUCCCGCCGCAUCAGUACUGUACCACGUUCAUGUACUUCACAAAACUGUCAACUCCAUGUACUUAUACUGUAUCGAUAAACCGGAGGUAGAAUUCUGCAGGGUAGAUGUUCUCACACCUCGUGGUGAUGGUGUGCAGCAGAGUUUGGCCGACUUGUAAACGUGAACAGUUGUAGUUUGUGUGACUUUAUAAAAGUUUGAUCAAAUAUGUGUCACCGUACAUCAGUCCAGAGCCACUGCGGGCACGCAGCCGGUCUUGUGCGACGAUGACUUGUGUGUUAUUAUUACAACCCGACAGUAGAUAAACUCGUAUUGCACUGAAUUGGUUGUGAACGUGUAUAAUUUUUGUGGCGCAAGUCAGCGGCAGUUAUGUUAUCGAGACAUAUCGAUUGUUUUCAAACUCGUGUAUUGCUGCCUCAUCGUGUGUUACCGCUUACAUACAUUUGUAUUUUUACGCCAAUAAAUGGU